CCUCGUGUUGUUUUGGAGUGGUGUAGAGCACGUGGAGGCACAGGUUAACUUUCCUGCAGACAGACAGAGUCCUCUACAUUACAGGUGACACAGAAAGUACGAAAAACAACCGACAGUGAGAGAUGUCAGCGGGAGGUCAGACCACCGGCAGCCGGGAUAUCCCCGCAGUGAGAAGGGUCGCCAUUCACGAUGCUGCCCACAUGCCCCAGGAUUACUCCAGCACUCCCGGGGGGACACUGUUCAGCACCACGCCAGGAGGCACAAGAAUAAUCUAUGACAGGAAGUUCCUCCUGCAGUGUCGGACGUCUCCUCUAGCUCGUACGCCUCCCAGCUUGCCUGACAUCCCCGGAGUCACAAGGCCGCUCAAACCUGACUCGUCCUCGUCCGACACAAACCAGCCACAAAAGACAGCCAGCAGUAACGCCAAGCACAGCCUGCAUAAACAGGAGAGCACAGGAGAUGAGUCCCAGUUUGAAAUGGACAUUUGAAGAGUCGGUCAUAAGGAUGAAAAUAAUUUCCAACAUGUUCAUUGUUUUUGUUUACUGUUGAGAAAAUGCUAAAAAAAAUUAAA